AUGGACGACGGCGCUCCGUUAAAAGUCACAUCACCGAUGAAAAGAUCUGCGCCGCAAGAUUUUGAAGAUUCCGAAUACGACAGCGGAACAGUAGGGAGACCGCUAGAUGGUCAGAUUCUGGUAAUCACCCGAAAGUUCUCGAAAAUGUUUAAAAGAGACGAUGACCAGCCGGGCACAUCUUAUGCUCGUCCGCUGCUACCUACAACCUGCUACUGCUGGAUUUGUAACCGCGAAGUGAAUGAAUCCGACGACGAUGACUCUAGCGAUUCAUCCGAAAACAAGUCUUUCAGUGACGGUUCAUCUGUGGGUCUUCCAGAGUGCACUCAUUUACCACUUACCGAUUCCGCCGCAGUGGUGUGGCAGAUACGUCCGGUGUCGAUAUACGACUGUGAUCGCAGAGAUUUCGAUUAUCAGGACCUCGCUUCGGACUAUACAAUAGAAUUUCUUUCUUAUUUAAUUGACCGCGAAGCAAUAUUCAAGGUUUCGAAUUAUACUUUGACUCUUAAUAAAGACAUCACGCCAAUGAAAUACGGCCCAACUAUAUGUGACCUUCUUCCGGAAUGUGGCCUUUUGCAUACUCGGAAAGAACUGUUAGAAAUGGAAUGUGAGGUUUAUAAGGCGCUUAAUUACGAUAUCAGCUUUCCGCUGUCUCAUACGUUCUUAGCGUGCUUAGUUAAACCGCCCGCGCUGGAUAUCUUUCAGAAAAUCAACAAGAUCGGCGAAGGCACCUAUGGGGUCGUAUACAAAGCGCGCAACAAGAAGACAGACAAGAUCGUGGCGUUGAAGAAAAUCCGGCUCGACGUAAAUGGCGAGGGGGUUCCGAGUAGCUCAUUGCGUGAAAUCGCACUGUUACGUGAUCUCGAUCAUCCGAACGUCGUUAGGUUAUUGGACGUUAUUCAUGUGAAUAAGCGGCUGUAUUUGGUAUUUGAAUAUCUUGCAAAAGACUUGAAACACUAUUUGGAUUCUUUGGGCACGAAACCUGUACCUGCGGCUCUUGCAAAGUGUUCUAAGUGUGAUGCUGCUAACAGGAAUGCAAGAAGAAAAAAUCGUUUUGGCCUUUUAGUGGUUGAACUCAGAGCCAUAAACUGUUACGAGCAAGCAGUCAGGCAUUGGAAGGUCGGGAUCCUGUUCAAGCAGUCAGGCAAGCAAGCAAGCAGUCAGGCAUUGGAAGAUCGGGAUCAAAAGUUCUUGGGUUCUAAUUCCGGUCGAAUCAUUCGCUUCUCAUUUAUUGAGGUAGAUAAAUCGGUAACACUGCUUGGGAAAGAAGUCAGACUGUGCGUCAUGCUUGCUACUAAUUAUAGGUAUUGCCUUCAGAAGAUCAGGAAUUAAUG